CCGCUCAUCCGCGCCCGCCCCGCGGCCUCCCCCAGCGCUUCCGCCCGCCCGGGGACCGACAACAAUGAGCGCUCCGGUGCCCGGGGCGGGCCAUGGCGGUGAACUACGCGGCCGGGCUCUCGCCCUACUCGGAUAAAGGCAAAUGCGGCCUCCCCGAGAUCUUUGACCCGCCGGAGGAGGUGGAGAGGAAGGUGCGUGAGCUGGCGGAUUUGAUCAGGAGCUCCUCCAACGUGGUGUUCCACACCGGGGCCGGGAUCAGCACCGCCUCGGGGAUCCCCGACUUCAGGGGGCCCAAUGGCGUCUGGACUAUGGAAGAGAAGGGGCUCUCCCCAAAGUUCGACACCACCUUCGAGAACGCCAGGCCCUCCAAGACUCACAUGGCGCUGCUGGGGCUGCAGAGGGUCGGCAUCCUGAAAUUCCUGGUCAGCCAGAACGUGGACGGCCUUCACGUGCGGUCGGGAUUCCCACGGGACAAGCUGGCCGAGCUCCACGGGAACAUGUUUGUGGAGGAGUGCAUGAAAUGCGGCAAGCAGUACGUGCGGGACGCCGUCGUGGGCAGCAUGGGGCUGAAGCCAACGGGCAGGCUGUGCAGCGUCACCAAAGCCCGGGGGCUGCGGGCCUGCAGAGGGAAGCUACGAGACACGAUUCUGGACUGGGAGGAUUCCCUUCCCGACCGUGACCUCACGCUGGCGGACGAAGCCUGCAGGAAAGCCGACCUCUCUGUCACGCUGGGGACCUCCCUGCAGAUCAAACCCAGCGGCAACCUCCCGCUGAUCACGAAGAAGAGAGGAGGGAAGCUCGUCAUCGUCAACCUGCAAGCCACCAAGCACGACAAACAGGCCGACCUGCGCAUCCACGCCUACGUCGACGAUGUCAUGACCAAGCUGAUGAAGCACCUGGGGCUGGAGGUCCCGGAGUGGCUGGGGCCGGUGGUGGUGGAGAGCGCCGAGCCCGCAGAGCCCCGACAGCUCUUCAAAUUUGAGCCCGAGGCACGCGGGCUGCUCAAGGAGGAAUCCUUCGCCCAGUGCAACGGCACGGCCGGGCUGUGCCCCGACCUCGGGACCACGCUGGUGGAGCACGGCGACAGCCUGAAGCAGGACACGGGGCCGCCACCGACGAAGAAGGUGAAGGUGGAGCCUCUCCUCACCUGACCCGGACUGUUCCCCGGCUGUCUAGGCGCUCGUCUGCGCCACUUUUCCUACCGACUUUUUUUUUUAAUAUCCUCCAACGUUGUCCCUUUUUUAUGUAAGUAUUAAAUACACUCGAAUUGUGUGCGUC